UCUCUCUCUCUCUCUCUCUCUCUCUCUCUCUCUCUCUCUCUCUCCCUCUCAUCAUACAAUACCAUUGCUCCAAAAACCCAUGCUCACCAUAGCAACCUCAGAGGAACAUACAACACAUCGUGAUCAGUAUCAGAGGCUGGAAAAACUGGACCUGCAUGUUAUGGCACAUUGAGAAGAGGCAGAGAUCUCCAUAACAUCCCACAGAGAUGCAUGACUUCAUGGAGUAACUGACACUCAGAGAUCCUCCUGUGAUGUCCAGUGUAGGCCCAAAUUUGCAGUGGAGGUGGUUAGAGCUUCAUGACUCUGUGUCUAUAGGAAAUGUGGAGAGAAGGUUCCGGACCGCUGCAGGGUCCAGACAGUGGAGGAUCCAUCGUCGACCCAAACCCAGACACUCUCUCUUUGAUGAGCGCAGGCUUCAUUAUGCUGCUUGGGAAGGCUGCCUGGAUCAGGUCAAGGCCAUACUGGAACGUGGAGUUCCUGCUAACUGCCAAGAUCCAUAUGGUUGGACAGCCGUACACCACGCCUCUUUCAAGGGUCAUCUCGCCUUGAUCAAGUUCCUACUGCAAACAUGUCAGGUGGAGGUAAACUGCCAGGACUUCUUUAACUGCACCCCCCUGCACCGCUCCUGUAGCGGAGGAAACCCCGAAACCACAGAGUUUCUCCUCCAGAAAGGUGCGUCACAUGAAGCGAGGUCCUGCUCCGGCCAAACACCCCUUCACCUGGCUACAGCUGACGGACACCUGAGCACAGCCCGUGUUCUGCUCCAGCACCUGGCUUCACCAAACCUUCAGGAUUUUAAUAAGUGGACCCCCCUGCAUUGGGCGGUGUUGGGGGGCUGGGGGGACGUAGCAGAGCUCCUGCUGGAUAAUGGAGCAGAUGUAGAUGGAGGAAGGGGUGUGGGGAUGACUCCCUUGCAACUGGCGGUGCUUGUGGGGAAUGAGGCAGGGGUGAGAUUGCUGAUCCAGAGAGGUGCAGAUGUCAAUACAAGGGGACCUAAUGGGCGGACGGCCCUGCACUUGUGUGCUUCUUUUGGAGACAAAAAGAUCCUCCAACAUCUUUUUAAAGGAGGGGCCAGGCUUGACAUUAGGGAUGGAGACCUAGCUUCUCCACUGCACCUGGCUGCCCGCAGUGGUUCCAGCGCUGUGGUGCAUCUUUUGAUUCUGAAUGGCUCGGGACUUGAAGACAGGGACAAUCUCAAAAUGACACCACUGCAUUACUCGACACUCAGGGACAAUGUGGAGGCUGCCAAGCUCUUGCUUCACUAUGGAGCAGAUGUGAAUGCUAGAGAGAGAUUAGGGCAGACACCCCUACACCUGGCCUCUGAGAGAGGUCACUUAAAGGUACUGAAAGUGCUGCUAGACAAAGGUGCCGAUCCGUUUAUAAAGAGCAGCUGGAGAGAGACGGCAGAAGAUGUUGGAAGGAUACACAAUCAGCCCUGUAUUCUUCAGCUCCUUCAGCAACAUCAGAUGAUGCGGAGGAGGAAUCAGGACCAGGAUGCCAAAGAAAUGAAAUGACGCUGAAUUAUACAACAGUAACUUCUGCUCAUCCAACUUGACUGGACAUUAAACAGCAUUGGGAGGCUUAAUUGUUUGUAUCUGCACUUACAAAACAUUUGCUGUGGUAAUGAUCAUUUCUGCAAAAAUACAGCAAUGCUGUACAUUAAUAGGGAAAUAUUUGAGAAAUGUUUAACAGUGUUGACCAAUACCAUGGCCACAAAAAGCUGUAGUGCGUAUGGCAUUUCAACAGAAUGUAUGGAUACCGUUGUGAUGUUUUGUCUAUGAGAAUAAAAUAAUUUUUUAACAUUUA